AUGUCUGGUUACGAUAAAUAUUCAACACCAUUGUCAUCUAGGUAUGCGUCUGAGGAGAUGUCUAAAAUCUUCUCAUUGAGAAAUAGGUUCUCAACGUGGAGAAAGCUUUGGUUAAACUUGGCAAUCGCAGAAAAACAGGUUGGUUUAGAUGUUAUUUCAGAUGAAGCUAUUAAACAAAUGAAGCAACAUUUGGAAAUAACUGAUAAAGAAAUCGAAGACGCUUCGAAAGAAGAAGCUAUCGUCAGGCAUGAUGUUAUGGCUCACGUUCAUGUCUUUGGUAAGACAUGUCCUGAUGCGGCUGGGAUUAUUCAUUUGGGUGCAACCUCUUGCUUUGUUACUGACAAUGCAGAUUUAAUAUUCUUAAGAGAUGCGUAUGAUGUCCUUAUUCCAAAAUUGGUUAAUGUUAUUGAAAGAUUGAGCAAGUUUGCGAUGGCAUACAAGGACUUGCCUGUGUUAGGAUGGACGCAUUUCCAACCAGCUCAGUUGACGACAGUUGGUAAAAGAGCUACUUUAUGGAUUCAAGAAUUGCUUUGGGAUUUAAGGAAUAUGGUUAGAGCUAGGAAUGAUAUAGGGUUGAGAGGAGUUAAAGGUACAACAGGAACCCAGGCAUCAUUUUUAUCCUUAUUCCACGGUGACCAUGAUAAAGUCGAAUUGCUUGAUGAGACAGUUGUCAAGUUAUUAGGCUUCGAAACAGUUUAUCCUGUCACUGGACAAACUUAUUCAAGGAAGAUUGAUAUCGAUGUUUUAUCUCCUUUGGCCUCUUUAGGAGCCACGACUCACAAAUUUGCAACCGAUAUCAGAUUACUUGCAAACUUGAAAGAGGUAGAAGAGCCAUUCGAGAAAUCUCAAAUCGGUUCUUCAGCAAUGGCCUACAAAAGAAACCCUAUGAGAUGCGAAAGAGUGUGUUCUUUGUCGAGGCAUUUAGGUGGUCUUUUAAGUGAUGCGAUCCAAACUGCAUCAGUUCAGUGGUUUGAAAGAACACUUGAUGACUCUGCUAUUAGAAGAAUCUCGUUACCUUCUGCCUUCCUUACCGCGGAUAUCUUAUUAUCUACCUUGAACAAUAUAUGUAGUGGGCUCGUUGUGUAUCCUAAGGUUAUUGAGAGAAGAAUUAACGCUGAAUUACCAUUCAUGGCUACUGAAAAUAUCAUUAUGGCAAUGGUCGAAAAAGGAGAAUCCAGACAAGAAUGCCAUGAGCAGAUCAGAGUUUUGUCUCAUGAAGCUAGUGCAGUUGUGAAGCAAGAAGGUGGUGAUAACGAUUUAAUACAAAGAGUCAAGAAUAAUGAAUACUUCAAGCCUAUUUGGAAUGAGCUAGAUGCUUUAUUGGAUCCAUCUACCUUCGUUGGAAGAGCACCUGAGCAGACUGAAAAAUUCGUAACUAAUGACGUUGCUAAAGCUCUUGCGCCAUUCAAGGAUAUGAUUAACAACGAGACAGUGAAAUUAAGUGUUUAG